AACCCCAACGACACCACCCUCUACUCACCGCCAUCAACUGAAACAAAAAUAUAAUUUAAAAGAUCCAAUCUUCUUCUUUUUUUUCGUUGCCAGAGAAAAGAAGUAAUAAUCAAAGAUGGGUAACAGUCUAGGCGGGAAGAAAACGACCAAAGUCAUGAAAAUAGACGGCGAGACUUUUAAACUGAAAACUCCAGUGACGGCGGAGGAAGUCUUGAAAGACUUUCCCGGCCACGUUUUGUUAGAGUCGGAGUCCGUCAAGCACUACGGUGCUCGAGCCAAACCACUUGAGAUGAAGCAGAUGUUGGAGGCAAAGCGGCUGUACUUCGUGGUGGAGCCGGUGAAGGAAUGUCCACCGAGAAGGGUAAGAUCGGGAAUACACAUGAGUGCCAAGGAGAGGCUUGAGAACCUCAUGCUUGCAAGGAGAUCAUUUUCCGAUCUCUCCAUACUCAAACCGGCAGGAGAAUGGUCGAAGACGGAGGAGAAAGAAGGAGGAGCGGUGAGGGUGAAGCUGAGGAUUCCAAAGGCUGAGCUGGAAAGACUCGUUAAGGAAGGUGCCACAGAGGCUGAGGCCACUCAGAAGAUUGCUGCUCUCUAUAUGGCGAAACACAGCCGCAGCGAAGCAACUCAGAACACGCUACAACGUCGUGAGGAUGGAGGAGACGAGCCUACCGCCGCCAUAGACACAGCCACAACCGCCGCCACGAGAGGAGUCAAAUCUCGUCCGAAACGAGUGAGUUUCAUGGCGGAAAGAGGAGGAAACGAGAUCACCGUUGCUUGAAGUUGAUGAACCACUAAAACCAUAUAUGUAUAGAUGCAUAGACUGCUUCUCAACGUUUCUGCAUUUCGUUGUACAUAAAGAGCAGAGAGUUUUUAGAGAGAGCUAGUGAGUAAUCAUCCAUGUCUCCGCUAUGUAGCUGGUAGGAGUUUAUAGUAUUAUUUAUUACAAAAAAAAGGACAAACGGUUUAGUAUUUGUAGUAGCCUAAUUUGUAGUCAGAUUCAUCACUGUCUCUCUUAUGAUUUA